AUGAUGAAGCUGGUGGUGUCGGGAUUCGCCGCCUUGUCCGGUUUCGCUAUUUUGGCGCUGACGAUUUUCGUCCCGAAGAUUUACUGGGAGAUGAAUGAGCUGCAAGUGGAGGUUGUUGGCGUCGUGGAGAGUUUUAAGGUGGAAACCGAUUCCCUCUGGAUCGACCUAAUGGAUGUCCAAAUCAAGCACUCCGCCCCAUCCCGUCCCAUGGAGAAUCCACUUCUCAGAAGGGAUAAGCGAUUCGCCAAGCUGCCGGAUUGGUGUCAGUGUGAUUCCGCUCCACAGUGCCCACCAGGACCGCCAGGUCCACAAGGAGCACCAGGUGCCCCCGGAACUCCCGGAGACAACGGACCUCGCGGAAUGGACAACCCCCAUUCUCUUGGUAGCACCGCGUGCGAUUCUCAAAUCUCUGGCUGCGUACAAUGCCCUCGUGGACCCCCUGGACCUGCUGGCGCAGUGGGAGACAUUGGUCCACGUGGCCCAGACGGAGCUCCAGGAGCACCAGGCAUCCCAUCUUCAACUCAUGGCAAGCCAGGACCACCAGGACCUCCUGGAGACGCCGGGGCUCCUGGAGCACCCGGGCAAGAUGGAGCACCAGGGCAUCCUGGAGCGGAUGGACAGAGGCAACGUGGGCAACCAGGACCACCGGGUGCACCGGGUGCUAUCGGGAAGGCGGGGCCAAAUGGGGUGGCUGGAGAGAAGGGAAGAGAUGGAGAGGCUGGAAGUGAGGGAAUUCCAGGAGUACCCGGGCCGAGAGGGGCGCCAGGACAGCCAGGAAGUGUUGGGGCAUUGGGAGGACCAGGAAUUCCAGGACGCGACGGACAGUACUGCCCGUGCCCACCACGCUCCUUCAUAUUGGCUGCCAACUCACGUCGUCAUCGUUCUCAUGUCUGA